AUAUACAAGUAAAGUAUAAUACUUAUAUUUUGUAAGUCUUAAUAGGAUUAAAAGGGAACAUUUUAGUACACGUAAAACAUUCAUCAAUUUUGCACAAAGACGCUUGAAAUACAUAUACAUGUUUCCCAUUAAGCGUGUAUAUGUGUACUCUCUCUUUACGAAAAAUUCGAUCUUUUUUUUUGUUAUGAUUAUUUUUUUUCUAGGGACUGAAAAACGUUCAUUUGCUAACAACUAUCGUAAUACGAACACAGUCCUAACAUUCGAUGCGUGUAAAAUAAGUAAUAUUAUUUUCGAGACGAAAAAGACUGUCUUCGCAUUUGAACAACUUCGAUGAAGAUUGUGAUAAAAUGUGAAAUAUUAAAAAUGUUUAUUUCUACGCGUUAAAUAUUACGAGGGAACUUUCCUCGAUUAAAUUUUAAAAACGGAAUUUUAUCUUAUUUUUGUUACUUACUUUUGUUACUUAUUAUACUUAAAAUUAUGAAAAAUUUGAGAUUUUAUUUGUAUUUUCGCGUUAUUUUGCGUCCUCGAAGAAAAUUCCUUCAUACUCACGCAGUAUUGAAAGAUUAAAGUUCCCUUGUUGGAUACGUAUACUUUCACGUACAGGUCAGUACGGUUCUUCUUACGGCAAAAACAUAAAUUAUUUUUUAAUUUUCCUCAAUAAUUUCCGUAAUCAAUAUUAGAAAAAAUAUUUUUAACUUAUAAUAUAAAAAUUCUUAUCCUAAGAAGAAUAUAGAAAUCGAAAAUUGAUAUCCGUAACUCUCGAAUGAAACUUAUGCGAGAAUUCGAAACACUAUUCGAUAUCUCGAUAGUUUUUACAAUGAGAGGAAAGUGCAUAGAUAAAACGAAUCCAUCAUAAUUGCCGUAAUUUGAAAAAUUUUCAUCGACGUACAUAAAUAUUUGAAGUUCGUAUAUAUCUUAUUAUUUGUCGUAUGAAAUUACCAAUAUCUCGGUAAUAAUCUACGAUACAUCACGAAUCACAUGUUUCGUUAUUUUUACGUAUUGAUAUCGUAAUGACUCUGAGGUAUUACGUACAUUUGUAAUUUAAGAAAAUCGGCAUUCUUUGAACGCAUAUAUAUUUUCAAAUCUUAUUCGAUAUUCUAAACGAAAUUAUCAUUAAUUCCACUUUGUAAUCGAUAAUCUCUAGAAGAGAUUAUGGAAUUAAAUACACCGAUUACUAAUUAAAGAAGCAUUAUAAUAAUUUUAAAGAAAAAAAAAAGUAGAAAACCGUUUGAAUUUAGCGCCUUUUUAAUUGGCAAUCGGUGAUAUUAUGUUGAAGGUUGUCAUACAUGCUGUUUAUAUUAGUUUCAAACAAUCGGAUUCAAUAAUUGGUAUAAUAUUUUGAAAUAAUAUAUUUUUAAAUUUUUAGUUGGCAACGUUGGAAAAUGCGUUAAAGUCAAACUUCAUAUGAAAAUGUAUUAAAUCGUAUAAAAUGGAGUUGUAUUAUUGCAAUGAAAAAAAUCGUGAUUAAAAGUGACAAAUGCACAAACAUUAAGUGUAUGAAGAAUAGUGUAUUAUUUCUUUUUGUAAAUGUGAAGUUUAUAAAUGAAGAAACAAAUGAAAAAACAUUGAAGGAACUAUACUGCUAACCAGAUUUCGAGCACGUUUCGAUUCGACCUGUAAACAUCAAAAGGACAAUCAAUAAUUUGUUAAAUAAUUGUAAGGAUCUUGAUGUUUUACCAUGGAACAAAUAGAUGAAACACAGAGUGAUAUUAAUACAACAGAAUUAUCAUUAACAGUAGAUAUACCUUCUUCAUUAGUAUCAAAAUCAAAUAUUGAUCAUGUACACAAUGAGGAGAAUAUUCCUGAAAAUCAAGAAAAUUUGCAAGAAUGUACGAAUAAUAUAAUUCAAAAUGUUUUAUCAAGAAAUGAAUAUGAUAUAACAGAUUCAAGUAAAGAAAUUGAAAAUAAAAAAAAUAAAAUAACAGAAAACAUAAAAAAUGUUAUAAUUAAUGAAGAAAAACAAGAAAUAAUAAAUAAUGACAUACCAAUUGAUAAUAAUCAAUGUACAAAAAAUGAGGAAUAUAAAGAAAAUCAAACAGAAAAAAAUGAAAAUAAUUUAAAAUGUGUAGAAGACGAAUCUUUGAAUAAGGAAAAUACAAACAAUGUUGAAAUAUUCAAGAAUAAAGAUGAACAAAAUUAUGAAAAACACAAUGUUUGUACAGUUUUAAACAUAGAUACAGUUGAUGAUAGUAAUGUUCAAUGUCAAGCAUUAAUUAAAACACUUAGUGAGACAUUUGAUAAUAAAGAUCAAACUUUGCAUGUCACAAAUACAGAUGCAGAUUUGUCCAAAUUAGUUGAUGGUAAUUCAGAAGUAAUGGUAGUAACUGUAGAAAGUACAGAAGAAAAUAUUGUUUUAACUGUACAUAAAAAGGAUGAUACCAUAAAUUCUGAUGAAAAUGAUUCUAGGGAACAAAAAGAAAUAAAAAAAACUGAAAUUGUAAAUGAAGAAUUUAAUUUAAUAGAUUAUACUCAAGAAAGUGAUGGAACUAUUAUUGAAGUCAUUUCAACAGAAAUUGUAGAUUCAGAAAUUUCUGAAACUUGUGUUCAACAAGAUAAUAAAGAAGUUUCAAAUCAUAUUGCUUUAGAAAAAAAUUCUAUAAAUUCUACUUCAGAAGUAGUUAAUAAUUCAGAAACUGUGGAUAUUAACUUUGAAACAGAAAAAAUAAAGGAAGAGAAUAAAAAUGUUGAAAAAAAAUAUGAUGAUCAAAUAAAAACAAAUAGUAAUGGCAAGACUGAAUAUUAUGGUAAUUCACAUAAAAUUAAUGUACAAGAAGAAGUUGUUCAUAAUGAAGUCAUUUCAUCUACACAUGUUAGUAAUAUAGAAGAAGAAAAUAUAUCUACAAAUGAAACAAAUAAAAUAGAUACAACUAGAAAGAAAAGAAGUGUAAUUCAAGAUAUUUUUGAUGAUUGGGGUGAUGAAAAUGCAGAAGAUGAUCAUCAAUUAGUAUCUAAAACACCAGAUACUGUGGAAAUUGAAUUAAAAAGUUUAUUAAAUGAGACAAAAACACAAGCAAUAGAAGAAAACACAGUUGUAGUAGUUGAAGAAGAAAUAACAUGUAUUGAGAAAAAACCAAACACAGAUGUUGAGAAAACUAUAGAAAUUAUUAAAGAAAACGAAGAAAUACAAAUAUCAGAAAAACAAUCAGAUAAAAAUCAAGUUAUAAAAAAAGAACAAGAUAAUAUAAAAUCAUCACUUAAAGAGCAAGUAAAUUAUUUUGUACCACAAGCUGUGGGAAUGUCUGUAAAAAAUACAACACACGAAACAGUUGUACUUAAUCAAACUUCAUCAUCACAGACACAAAUUAUGCCUAUUAAUCGUGGUCGUAGUUUAACCAAUCAAAUAGCUUCAUCAGCUGAAAUAACAGAAGCAUUAAAAGAACGACUUCGUGAGAAACAAAAGAUAGUAGAAGCACCACCACGACCUGAUAUAUUUUUUGUUAAGAAACUAACACAGAGAUUGUCAAGCAAAUUAGUAGGUAAUCCAGGAAGUUCUUUACCAGCACUUAUACCAUUACCUCAACCUAAUAUUCAAUCACUUAUUCAUUGUGAUAAAAAUUUAUCAGAUAAUACAGAAACUAAUAAAGAAAGCAAUUCUGAUAAUAAAGAAUUGUUAGAAAUAUUGGAAGGUGAUGUUGAUCCUGAUUGGUCUAAUUUAAAACCACCAAUUUUAACAGAGGAAGGAAAACGUCCAGUAAAAAUUGAACAAAGUGGUUAUAAUACUCCACCAAAACUUGAUCCCUUAGUUGAAAGAGAGCUAGCAUUAAAACAACUUUUAGAAUUGCCUGUUACGCCAAUCAAAAGAAAUACACAGAAAAUUUCUAAAAAGAAAACAAUGAAAUCUACAUCUAAUAAAAAUUCUAAAGAAAUAAAAAAAAAAACUGAACAUAAUACAGAAAGAAAAUUUAUUAAUAUUGAUUUAAUAAAUGAAAAUAGCUUUAUAAAAGAUACAAAAUCUAAUCUUUCUACAUCUUCUUUGAUUAUUGAAUCCCAUAUUUCAGAAAAAAAAACAGAUGUUCAAGAUGUACGAAUAGAUGAAUCAAGAUCAGGUAGGAAACGAAAACUUACAGAAAAAGCUAGAGAACAUGAACAACAACAGAAUAUUGUAAAACGUCAAAAAGUAUAUAAAGGUAAAGUUUCAUUGAAUAAAAAAUCAUUAGAAAAUGAAUCACAAAUUCCAACUGAUACUAAUUUAUCCACUGAAGAUCAUGUAUCUAAGGAAACUACGUUACUUGUUAAUGAUGAAGUUCAUCUCACAAUAACAGAUGAAGUAAUGAAUAAACAAAUUACAAAUAAUAAUAAAGUUGGACCAUCAUUAAAUAAACUUGAUAAUAUAUCUUUAAAGUCUUCAAGACAAAAUCUGAACAAAAAGGGAUCACAACCUAUUGCUAAACGAAAUAUAGUAGUAAAAAAAAUAUUAAAACAAAACAUACCUUCCAAUAAAAAAACUCCUUUAAAAGCUAAAUUAAACACAUCAAAAAAAUCAGGACCAAAAUCAAAACGAUCUACAGAAAAUAAUGGAGAUUCUAAACCAAAAAAGAAAAUUAUUAAUGAAAUAGAUAGAUUGCUUCAAGAUGAAGGUGUUGUUAAUUUAUUAUAUGAUGUAGAACAACCAGAUAAAAAACGAUUAGUUCCCAUUACUAAAUCUCAAGCAAAAGUCAUGGAUAUACAAAAAGUACAGCGUGAACUUAAACUUAGAAAAAAAUUAGUACGUAAUGCUGUUUUGAGAUUACGUACUUCGACAGGAAGUGUAUCAAAAGUUUCUCCAAGAUCCAAAAGAGCUUCUAUAUAUUUAAAUGAUAUGCAGGUAGAUAAGAAAAUUGGAGAUCAAGUUGUGUCAACAAAACAAAUAAAUUUAACAUCUCAAGAAUUUAUUUUACCUGCAAAGAUAAGAAAUGCAGCAGAUGCAUCUAUUAUAAUUAGGAGACAUUCAUCUAGCUCAUUUUCCAGUGCAUCUGGAAGUCCUAGAGUUAGUAUUGAUAGUUCAGAAAAAAAUGAAGGAAUCAAAGUUGAUGAAACCUCUCAUUCUUUAAGAUCUACAAAAAGACGACAUUCACAAGAUGAAAAAAUAAAUCUAAAAAAAAGUAAAAAAAAAACUAUACAAAAAAAUGAUACAGGAAUAGAUCUUGUUGACACUGAAGAGGAUAAAAUAUUUCUUUCUGGACGUCUUAAAAAAUUAGAUUCAAAAAAAACUGACAAAAAUUCAAAACCACAAGAAACAGAUGAAACUAACAGUAACUUAGGAAAAGUUAUUACACGAUCAAAUGGUACAGCUACAUGUAAGGUAACAUCAAAGACAAAAAAAACUGCAAAAAGUAAAGUUACAUUUGCUAAAGCAAAUGAACCAGAUGAUGAAGAAUUUUCCAAAGAAGAAGAUGAACUUUCAGCCUGUCUUGCAGAAGCUGCAAAUGCUCUAUCAGUAGUAAAUGCUGGAAGUCGAUCUGCAAAUUCAACAACAAAUCGCAAAAAUAAAGUAAAUGUAAAUAUUACUAAAAUGCAAGAAAUGGAUAACAAAAUAAAAGUAGAAACUCGAAAUCAAUUUAGUAAUAAAGAAAUAAAUGUACGUCGACACGGAAAUCUUGUUCAAUUAAUACUUACACCAUCAUCUUCAACAAAAAUAAGAAAUGCUCUUACUAUACAGGUGAUGCAAGAAUUUCGCGAAAUAUUAUCUAUUCUAAAAAAAGAUGAUGAUUGCAGAGUUGUUUUAUUAACAUCUACAGGUAGUAGUUUUUGCGAAGGUCUUGAAUUAUCUAUGUUGUUACAUACAAAUAAAGAAGAACGACGGAUUCAUGCCCAAGAAAUGGCGGAUGCUGUUAAAGAUUUUAUUAAAAGUUUAGCAUCAUUUAACAAACCUAUUGUUGCUGGAGUUCAAGGAGCUGCAGUUGGAUUGGGAGUAACAAUGUUGCCUUUAUUUGAUCUUGUGAUAGCUAGUGAUAAAGCCACAUUCAGUACACCUUAUGGUAAAUUAGGACAAAUUGCUGAAGGUGCUGCUGUAUUUACUUUAUUACAUAUAUUAGGAAGUGCAAUUGCAAGUGAAUUAUUAUUAGGUGGAAGAACUCUAACAGCUAGUGAGGCAUUAAGAGCUGGUCUUGUUACUCGAGUUUUGUGGCCUGAUAAAUUUCAAGUUGAAUUAUUACCAACUUUAAAAGCUAUGAGUGAACAAUCCUCACAGUCUAUGGAAGCUACAAAGGCAUUACUACGUCACAGUUUGCGAAAAAAAUUGGAUGCAGCAUUAGAAUCGGAAACAUAUUUGCUAAUCCAGCAUUGGUGUUCUGUAGAAUGUCAAACUGCCAUGAAGGCAUACAUUGAUGGAAAAGUCCAAUAAAUAUUGAAAUGAUGCCCAAUGAUUUUGAAUGGAAGUACUAACAUCAUAUUCCAACACACCUAGUAUUAUAAAUUGGAUUCGAAGUAACAAGAUAAUUAGUUUGGAAAACAUUAACGUGAAAAAAGAAGUCACAGCUGGUGUAUCAUUUAACAUCAAUCACGCACGAUUAUUUUAAAAAUAUAAAAUCAAUUAUUCAAAUGGAACUAUUUUAAUAUUAAAUGAUUUAGAUUUAUAAAUUUACAUACGCGAUUACAUACAGAAUGAGGUAUUUUGUAUUAUCGUUUUGAAUAAUUUUUAAAUUAUGUUUUAUAUUAAAAAAUAUUUAAUUUGUUAAAAAAUCAAAAAUAAAGAAAAUAUAAAAGAUUUAAAAAAAAACUAAAUGAAGAAAUAUAAUACAUGAUAUAACAUAUACUGAUAUGUAACUUUCAAUAUAUAUGUAUAUCUUUUAUAAAAUGCAUAAUUAAUUAUAUUAUCCAAAACGAUAUUAUUAUACAUCUCAUUUAGUAUGUAUAUGUAUGGAUUUUCUAUAGAUUAUUAUUACUAUUAAAUAAAAUAAAAAAAUGAUCAUAUGGGGUGAAUUUGUGUUCUUUGCAUACACAUCAAUAAAUUUUGAACAGAAUGUAACUUUUAAUUGUAUACUAAAAAAUAAUGCAUGAUUCUUUAUAUUUGAUAUGAUAUUGUGCCUUGGUCAUUUUAUAAAAAGAUAAGAACAAAUAGACAUAGAAAAAAAUAUUUGUAAUUACACUGAAAAAGUACAAGACUAAUUAUCGACUUAAAAUUAAAAAAAGUUAAAAAAAGUUUAAAUAGAUCAAACUGUUUUCAAAUAAUUUUUAUUCUCUUUAUUAAUAAUAUGCAUCAUUACAAUUUAAUUAAAAAAAUAAUUUAUAUUAAUUAUUUAUAUUAUUAUUUAUGUAUAUUUUAAAUAUCGACAUAUAAUAUACAUAUUUUAUAUAUAUUUGUAGAAUUGACUUUAAUGAUGCAUUCACAUUGGAUAUAUUUUAUAUCAAAUUAUAUUAUAACAAUUAAUUAAAUUAUAUUAUAACAUUGUAUGAAUGGUCUAUUUUACUACUAUAUCACAUGAAUCAUAAAUAUAUAAAAAAAAAAUGUAAAAUAAAAUCAUUUAAAAAUAAUGUAUAUGAUAAUAUAAUUUAGUAUACAAGUUUGGAAAAGGAUUGUUCUAAAUAAAAUGAAUUUAUAAUUUUUCUUGAAUUUAACGCAUGCAAUGUUUUAAGGAUUACAAAAGGCUAUGAAAUAAAAUUUAAGACAACAUUGAGAAAUUUCAUUGAAUACUGUUCAAAAACAUGGAGUAUGUUGUAAAGAAUACAGUCACUCUUGUACAAAUAUUACACAUGUAAGAAUAAGCCAUUCUAAAACAUUGUAUUAUCAUUGAAUAUAAAACCCAUACAAAUAUAAAGGAAAUAUUCACAAGCCAAUUUAUGUUUAGUAUGUAUUAAAAAUAUAUAAUCACCUAUUUAUGUUCGUGCACGCACAGAUGCGCAUAUGUAUGUAGUAUAUAUUAUAUUUGAAAUAGUAGUAAAUAUAUCUCUAAUUGUAUAAUAA